AUGGCGCUGCGGGAGUCAGACAGGGACACCUGGUCUGCAGAGGUGCGACUCCCAUAUCAAUGUAUAUACCGGUGGUUCUGUAUUGGUUCGUGGCUGACGGUGACGCAGGCAUAUUCGGCGGCGGCGAGCUUCGUGCCACAGCUGACGGAGAAGGUCCUCCAGCUGCUGCAGCCUCGAGCGGAGGAUAAAGUGCUCGAUGUCGGCUGCGGCGACGGCCAGUUCACGGCCAAGUUCGUCUCUGCCGUCGGGGCCGUCCUGGGAGUCGACUCGUCCCCGGCCAUGGUCGACGCUGCUCGCACGCUGUUAGGACCAUCGACGGCGGCAGCGACAGCGAGGGCGGCCUUUCGAGUCGUGGACUGCAGGCAUCUCGGCCAGACUGACAUCGUCGACGGCUCCUGGGACAAGGUAGUGUCGAAUGCUGCGUUGCACUGGAUCCUGAGAGACGCCAGCACCAGAAUCGCCGUUUUGCAGGCCAUCUUCGACUGUCUCAAGCCCGGUGGCGCUUUUGUCUUCGAAAUGGGCGGCCACGGAAACGUCGCUGAGGUCCACGCUGCUCUGCUGGCCGCGCUCGUGCGCCAUGGGCUGCCGCUGCAGCAGGCUAGAGACGCCAGCCCCUGGUUCUUCCCCUCGGACGCCUGGAUGAGAGAAACGCUCGAAGGCAUCGGCUUUGUUGUUGAUACCCUCGAGGUCGAGCAUCGGCCGACCAAACUCACCCUUGAUCCCGACACUAGCAGUGGUACCAGUGGUAACACCGGAAUUGAAGGAUGGGUCAGGCUCAUGGGGGCAUCCAUGAUAGAGACCCUACCUCCCGAUGUCCGCGAUGAGGCCGUCCGCUCGACCUGCGACCUGCUGCACCCCGUCAUCUCGCGCGAGGACGGUUCCAGCUGGCUGGGCUACGUCCGCCUCAGGGGGGUUGCACGGCGGCCGACCCCUACCACAUAA